AUGGCUGAACAGUACGGGCCUGUGUAUACUCUUCGCCGGGGCAGCAACGUCAUGAUUAUCGUUGCCGGUGUUCAAGCUGCGAUAGAUAUUCUGGAGCGGCAGGGCGGUGUCACGCUCAGUCGGCCGGAGGCUGUUGCCGCGGGGACGAUAUUGUCAAAGGGACAAAGGCUUCUGCUUCAGCCUGCUGGAGAGCUGUUUAGGAGGAUGCGCAAAGCGAUUCACGACCCCCUUCAGCCCAAGGCUGCGAAGUCGUACGCCCCGAUUCAGUACGAGGCUGCGAAGCGAUACAUACUCAAUAUCCUCGAACACCCUGGUGGACAUCAACGCCAUGCAGACCUCUAUGCUGCAACUGUCGUACUCAAAGUAUCUUACGGGAAGUCCGCGCCCUCCUCCUUUGACCACCCGGACAUACAGCUCCUCCACAAGGUCGUCGCUCGCUUUCAGACUGUCGUCCGCCCUGGCUCGUACCUCGUCGAUUUUGUCCCGUGGUUGCGUUAUGUCCCUCGUUACGCAAGGGAACUCAAAGAGUUUCGCAACUUUGAGCUGGGAUUCUUCCACGAUCAGAUUGGGAAGACCAAGGCGACGAUUGAACAAGGCGUGGACGGGCCCUCGUUUACGCGGUACUUGCUCGAGAACGUCGACGUGCAUGGAUUAAAUGCGGACGAGAUGGCUUAUCUCGCAGGAGGGUUGUAUGCUGCUGGGUCUGACUCGACUUCCAUCGGCAUGUCCAGCAUCAUUCUUGCAGCCGUGUCUCAUCCCGAACUCCAAGCUAAGAUUCACGCGGAGAUGGACGCCCUCAUUGGCGAUCGGGCCCCGAUACCAGACGACAUGGGUAACAUGCCCUACCUAGACGCGUUUAUACAGGAAACCCUCCGCUGGCGCCCCAUCCUCCCAUUGGGUUUCAUGCAUAAGACGACGGCUGAUGUCGUCUGGGAGGGGUAUCAUAUCCCCGAAGGCGCGACUAUUCUUGGGUGUCAUUGGGCGAUCGCACGCGACCCAGUUGCGUUUCCUGACCCAGAGAGAUUUGAUCCACAGAGGUGGCUCGAUGCGGAGGGUCAACUUAAGCCUCAGAAGGAUAUUCGAUACUUCACUUAUGGCUUUGGAAGACGCGUCUGCCCGGGCCAAUACGUCGCGAAUCGCUCCAUGUUUGUCACAAUGUCUCUACUGUUCUGGUCGUUCCGCCUCGUAGAGGACCCAGCACACCCCGUUGACGUGGACGCGUUUGACGGAGGUGUCGCGAGCCACCAUACGGGGUUCAAAGUUGGGUUUGAGCCGCGGAGGAGUGUGGAAGAGAUUAGGGCGGUUAUGAGUGGCUUUGACCUAUAAAAUGGGUGCAGGAUGAGUGGUACAUUGCUGGUACAUGUCCAAGGGAGACAAUGUACGCUUGAUGGUUAUAUUGUACUGAUCAAAAUGAAAA